UCCAGAUCGCCAUGGAGGUGUAGGCGGAGAAGCCAAGGGAGAGAAGGAGAUCACUGAGAAAUUUGUUUCGAUGGGAUGAACGCCUAGGUGCUUUCGUCCAAAGGAAUUCCACAACCACGGUAUAGUUGGGAGAGAGGAGAUGACUACGUUCGUGGACUCGGCGGCGGUGGAACGGGAGAUGGGGGACGGGUCCCGGUGCCUGGACCCGCAGCUGUGGCACGCCUGCGCCGGCGGCAUGGUGCAGAUGCCGCCGGUCGGCUCAAGGGUCUACUACUUCCCGCAGGGCCACGCAGAGCACGCGCAGGGGCAGGCCGGCACCGUCGACUUCCCCCCCGGGGGCCGGAUCCCGGCGCUCGUCCUCUGCCGUGUCGCUGCCGUCAUGUUCUUGGCCGAUCCGGACACCGACGAGGUCUUCGCCAAGAUCCGCCUCGUCCCCGCCCGGCCGCAGGACCCCGCCGACACCGACGACGCCGUUCCCGCCGCGCAGGAGGACAGACCCGCGUCCUUCGCCAAGACGCUCACGCAGGCCGACGCCAAGAACGGCGGCGGCUUCUCCGUGCCGCGCUACUGCGCCCAGACCAUCUUCCCGCAGCUCGACUACUCCGCAGACCCGCCGGUCCAGACCGUGCUCGCCAAGGACGUGCACGGCGUGGUCUGGAAGUUCAGGCACAUCUAUCGGGGCUUGCCCCGCCGCCACCUCCUCACGACAGGUUGGAGCUCCUUCGUCAACCAGAAGAAGCUCGUCGCAGGGGACUCCAUCGUGUUCAUGAGGACCGAGAAUGGGGAUCUCUGCGUCGGCUUCCGCCGCGCCAAGAAAGGGGGGGUCGGUGGCUCGGAGCUACUCCGCCCACCGUCGCCGGCGGCGGGCGUCAAUUACGGAGGAUUCUCCAUGUUCUCGAGGGGAGAGGAGGACGGCAUCAACAAGAUAUUAAUGGAGGCGUGUGGGGAGAUGAAGGUGAGGGUGCGGCCGGAGGAGGUCGCCGAGGCGGCCAAUCUUGCCGCCAGCGGGCAGCCGUUCAAUGUGCUCUACUACCCGAGGGCGAGCACGCCAGAAUUCUGCGUGCAGGCGGCCGCGGUCAGGGCGGCGAUGCGCACCCAAUGGUGCCCCGGCAUGAGGUGCAAGAUGCGCUUCGAGAUAGAGGACUCGUGGAGGAUGAGCUGGUUCAUGGGGACUGUGUCGGCCGUGCAGGUGGCCGACCCCAUUAGAUGGCCCAAUUCACCUUGGAGACUUCUUCAGGUGACCUGGGAUGAACCGGACCUGCUGCAGAAUUUUAAGAGGGUGAGUCCAUGGCUGGUUGAGUUAGUCUCGAACAUUCCGGCCAUUCACCUUGCUCCGUUCUUGCCUCCUCCGAAGAAGCUCUUCGUUCCGUUCUACCCUGACCUUCCGGGCGACAGCCAGUUUCCGGCCCAUCCCAGCGAGUCUGGAGCGCUCGUGCAGGUGCAGCGGCUAACCGGCCGAGACUCUGCCUCCCUCCCUUCCAAGGCCCAGGUCCAGGAGGAUCAGAUGGAUGAAGUCAUGCAGGGGCAGUCGCUCAUGCCGCCAGAGCUGCUGCCCUUGCCGUCCGCACCAAUGUCCUGGCUGAGUCUGGAGCACGGUGUUACGCCUCCCUUGCCGGUGGAUACCACAGCAAACGACAGAUUCGAAGACGGCUUGAAGAAGAGGAGACCUGAAAAGUUCCGAUCGCAGGGCGUGCAAACUCGUCAGAUCGAGAAGAGACUUGAAAAGCUCCACACUGAGGCUCCGGUCUGCGCUAUGGCUGACGCCAUGUUCAGGCUGCCCGCAAAGCUCGACAGACUACUGGCCUGUCAUGGCCGCACACUACCCCGGGGAGCGGAGGACGAGAUACAUCUCAUCAAGCAAGACCUCGAGAAGAUGAUGGUGUUUAUCCAGGAGCAAGAUGACUCGGGAGCAGAGGACCGUUCUAUGAUGGUCAAAUGCCUGACCAAAGAGGUGCGUGAGCUGUCCUACGACAUGGAGGACAGUGUCGACCAGUAUGUGCAUGCCGCCAAUUCCAGGAGAGGAAUAUUAUCUCCUCGCCUUAAAAAGUACAAAAUCACUCGCCGAAAGAGUAAGACCACGACGUGGUUCUCUGAGAAGCUCAAGUGGCGCCUAUGGAUGGCCAACAAGAUCAGGGAGUUCAGCAUGCGCUCCCAGGAGGCGCUUCAGCGGUACAGCUUGUUCAACCACCUUGGUGAAAAUGGCGGCAAUGCUGCCGCCAUUAGUGGCACUGGCUGCAGCACUUGUUCUAUAUCUGAUGCGUUGUUCGGCUCGUGGCGUUCCACGCCGUAUGAGGAGCCUAUCGGUAUCGAUGCCCCCAUGGAGAAGCUUGAAGCGUGGCUGGGUAAGGAUGGAGAGCAGAAGCUUAAGGUGGUGUCUCUGGUUGGACCUGGAGGGAUUGGUAAGACCACACUUGCCAACGAGCUGUACAUGAGAAUCGGCGGGCAAUUCGAGUGCCGGGCAUUUGUGCGGACGUCCCGAAAGCCUGAUGUCAGGAGGCUUCUCAUCAGCAUGCUCUCUCAGAUUCGGCCACACCACACCCCUCACAAUUGGAAAUUGCAUAGCCUCAUUGCCGAUAUCAGGACACAUCUCCAAGAUAAGAGGUACUUGAUCGUAAUUGAUGAUGUAUGGGCUUCACAAACAUGGGAUAUCAUUAAUCGUGCUUUGCCAGCUGGUAAUCUUUGCAGUGGAAUACUAAUAACGACAGAAGUCGAUGAUGUAGCUCUGAAAUGUUGUGGUUUUGACUCUAAGUAUGUUCUUACGAUGAAACAACUUGGCCACGAUGAUUCAAGCAAAUUAUUUUUCCGCACAGUUUUUGGUCCACAAUAUGAGUGUCCUCCAGAGCUCAGUGAAGUUGGAGACAGCAUUAUCAGGAAAUGUGCUGGUUUACCAUUAGCAACGGUUACCAUAUCUAGUCUUUUAGUAAACCAUAUGGGGAAAACAGAGCAAUGGCAUUAUGUAAAUAAAUCAUUAGGUUAUGGUUUGAAGACAAAUCCUACUUCGGAGGGGAUGAAACAAGUACUAAACCUUAGUUACAGUAAUCUUCCUCAGCAUUUGAAGCCAUGUGUGAUGUAUCUCAGUAUAUAUGAAGAGGACUACAUUAUUCAGAAGGAUGAUUUGGUAAAGCAAUGGGUAGCUGAAGGUCUUAUCCAUGCAACAGAAGAGAAAGAUAAGAAGGGAAUUUCAAGGAGCUAUUUUGAUCAGCUUAUCAGUAGCAGAAUGAUCCUACCUGUACACACAAAUAACGACGACGGUGUCUUGUCCUGCACGGUGCAUCGCAUGGUACUUGAUUUUGUUACACAGAAGUCCUUAGAAGAGAAUUUUGUCACCACAGUAGAUCAUUGUCAGACAACUGCAAGUCUUGCCGAUAAGGUUCGUCGACUGUCCCUUCACUUCGGUAAUGCAGAAGCCACGCCACCAACAAAUAUGAGACUAUCACAUGUUCGCACUCUUGCAUUUUUUGGGGCCUUCAAGUGUUUGCCUUCUAUUGUGGAGUUUGGGCUUCUUCAAGUUCUGAUCCUACAUCUCUGGGGCGAUGAUGAAAGCAUCAGUUUCGAUCUCACUAGAAUAUCUGAGCUUUUUCGGUUGAGAUAUUUGCAUGUCACAUGUAAUGCCACCUUACAAAUACCACAAACCCAGAUGCGAGGUCUACAAUAUUUGAAGACACUGAAAAUAGAUGCAAGAGUAAGUGCAGUUCCAUCAGACAUUGUUCAUUUGCCGGACUUGUUGCACCUAAGUCUGCCUGUCGAGACAAAUCUGCCCAAUGGUAUUGGGCGCAUGACAUCGCUUUGCACACUUGGAUAUUUUGAUCUAAGUGUUAACUCAAUUGAUAAUGUGCAGAGCCUCGGUGAGCUGACCAAUCUUCAGGAUCUUCGGCUGACCUGUUCUGCGGUUCCUUCUUCUUCAUUAAAGAGUAAAAUGAAUAAUAUGGGCUCUAUUCUCGCUAAACUCAGUAACCUCAGGUCUGUAAUUCUGGAGCCUUCAAGUAUUUUGGACAGUGGAUCUUCCAGCAUGAGCAUUUCGUGUGAUAGCUUGAGCAGCGUUCCCUCUCCCCCGGUGCUCCUUCAGAGAUUCGAGUGGUUGCCGUGCAGUUGCACCUUCUCCAGCAUCCCCAAGUGGUUUCAAAAUCUCAGCAAGCUCAGCAUUUUAAAGAUUGGGGUUAUGGAAUUGGCGAGCAAUGAUGUUGAUGUUCUCAGAGGAUUUCCUCGACUAGCUGUUUUGUCGUUAUAUGUCAGAGCAAAGCCUGCAGAAAGAAUUGUCUUCACUAAGACAGGAUUCUCGGUUCUCAAGUGCUUCGAGUUCAGGUGUAGUGUACCUUGGCUGGAAUUUGAGGUGGAUGCAAUGCCUAGUCUGUUGAAACUCAAGCUAGGUUUCGAUGCCCAAGUAGAUCAACACAGUACUAUACCUGUCGGCAUCCUGCACUUAACAGUCCUUAAGGAAAUUUGUGUCAAAAUUGGGGGUGCUGGUGCCAGUGACCUUGAUAAAAGGGCUGCAGAAUCAGCAUGGAUUGAUGCUAUUAAGAUGCAUCCGGCACGUCCCACCUUCAACAUACAGUGUUUUGAUAAGAUGUUCAAUGGUAAGGAUGAUAAUAAUAGCGAGGUGCGAAAGGAAGAAGUAGAGGAAGACUCAAUUGAAAAACAUGGAGUCCUCCAGAUGGGCACCCGGGAAGAUGCUCACAGCAGGACGAAAAUAGAUGUCCAGACUCCUGCCACCAUGAGCGCAUCUGCCAUUGGGACCAUGACUGCCAUCGAUGAAUGUGUCACUUAUUCUCAGUGGGCCAAAUCUGCCAUUUCAUCUCCGCAAUCCCGAUGGAGUGGCUCACAGGAGCGAAGUCUCUGGGAUGGUCUAUUGCACUUGGAGAGUGGCCUACAACUUCUCAAAGAUACUCUUCCUGCAAUGUACCACAUUAUUGAUGAAGCAGAGUGGAGAAGCCACGAACAUCAUGUGGCCAAGCUCCUUCCGAAUCUCAAGGAUGCAGUGUCUGAGGCCGAGGACUUUCUUGAUGAGUUCAGUUGGUACAAGAUGAAGAUGCAAGCGGAGGGCAAUGCAAGGCAUUCUACUUUCAUUGACUUCUUUCAUAGUGUCAUCCAAGGCAGCUUCAUCAACCAAGUAAGUAAUGUCCAAUCGAGGUUGAAUCAUCUUUUAGGUCAACUGAAAAUUAUGAGGCUUCAUGGUGUUACAAAACGCUUUGACAAAUUAGUCAGGCCGGAGACCACCUCAUUCCCAAAUGAAGCAAAAUUAUUUGGUCGUGACAAGGAGCUGAAGCAGCUAUUUGAAUUUCUGAAUGUGCCUGCAAAUUCAAAACGCAGGAGGGCAACUACUUCAGUCAAUGCAUCAACAAGCGAAUCAGCAAGCAAUGUUGGUAAUGAAUCUGGAAUAUUGAGUCUUCCUGUUUUGCCAGUAGUAGGAAUUGGCGGUGUUGGAAAGACUACUUUGGCCCAACAUUUCUGUAGCCAUCAACAAGUGAAGUCUUACUUUACGCUGAUAGUUUGGAUUUGUGUCUCAGAUGACUUUGACUUGCUGAGGUUAACAAAAGAGGUCAUACAAUCAUGUACCGGAAAGGAGCCAAUAUCUAAUAUUUUGGAUUUUCUUCAGCGCGCUCUCUAUGAGCAUGUGAGAAAUAAACGGUUAUUGAUAGUCCUUGAUGACAUGUGGGAUGAUGCCUUGAAGAAAAAUGGGGAAUGUUGGAAGAGAUUUUGUGCACCGUUUAUAACUGUCCAAGAGGGAAGUUUGGUCUUGGUCACCACUAGAUGUCCAAUAGUUGCCGAGGGGGUGCGCACAAUGGAGCCCUUUAUACUAGAAGGUCUAAAGGAUGACACCUUAUGGGAUUUCUUCAAAUUGUGCAUGUUUAGAUCUGAGAGUUCUAAUGAUCCUGAGUUAGAGAGCAUUGGUAGAAGAAUACUUCCUAAACUGAAGGGUUCUCCGUUGGCUGCCAAAACUCUAGGACGCGUGUUAAGCAUGGACCUUCAAGCGUCGCAUUGGAAAUCUAUACUUGCGAGUGAACUUUGGGAGCUGAAACAGGAGAAGACUGAUAUUUUGCCUGCCCUUCGGUUGAGCUACAUGUAUUUACCGUUUUAUUUGAAGAAAUGCUUCGCGUUCUGCGCUGUGUACCCCAAAGAUUACAAAUUUGAGAAGGCAUGCUUAGCUGAAAUUUGGGUAGCAGAAGGCUUAGUGGAACCUCAAGGUGAUGUUCCAAUUCAAGAUGUUGGUUGCCAGUAUUUUGAGGACCUUGUAGCACAGUCCUUCUUUCAAAAAUUUAGUGGUGGAUACAUAAUCCCUCACUUGCUGCAUGACAUGGCAAAAAAAGUUUCAGAGCAUGAUUGCUUCAUCUUAAGAAAUAAGAGUGACUUUGAUAAAGUACCCCAGAAUGUUCGUCAUCUGUACGUACUCCCUAGCGGUGACUUUGAUGAAUUCAACUUGGUGAGACUAUGCAACUACACGAAGCUGCGUACCCUUAUUUGCAAGAAGAAUUUAAAGGAAAAAACAAGUUUUGUAAUGGACCACUGGUGUACUAAACUUCUGCGAAUGCGUGUGGUUUCUUGUGCCUUUACAAAUGAGUUACCAGAUAGUAUUGGCAACUGGAAGCAUCUUAGGUAUCUUGAAAUAUCCGGAGCUUGUCCUUUGAAGAGGAUUCCUCCAACUUUAUGUUGGCUAUAUAAUCUGCAGAUUUUAUAUGCCAACAAAUGCAAGCUAGAAAGCUUGCCCAGUGACUUUGGUAAGUUGAUCAGCUUACAAAAAUUUGAAUCACAUGGAUUACAACAUUAUGCGGGGGGUCGCAGGACUUGAUUCAGCCGAUGGGAAGGAACAAGAAAUUAGUUUAAUGAAGAAUCUGAACCUAUUCCGUGGACACCUGGAGAUAGAUAAUAUAAGCAUCCUAAGUAAGGAUCAUGCAGCAGAAGCAGAACCGAAGAUUAAGAAAUAUAUUG